AUGGCGAUCGGUGACCAAGACGUCUCUGAUUCUGGACCAAGGCAACACACGCAUGACUCGCCAUGGAAACUGUCUCAGACUGUGUACUUACAACGUGAGAACAGUGCUGACCUGCAUGCCCUUCUCGGAGCAGCAGAGCGUAUCAAUUUUCACGUGAUUGCUUUGCAGGAGACCACGUACGGAAGGAGUGACAAGACCACCAAGGAGUUGUUGGAAAGAAGAAGGACUUUGAGGCUUGAUUCAAAUGCAUCGCACAUUGAGCGGCAGAAGAAGAUUUUGGAAGCAGCAGAAAGAAGAACGAGUCUAAAGAAGCGCCGCAGGGAUCUCCGCGAAUGUAAUAUUCUGCUAGCAGCCUUGCUGAACGAGGGCGGGACUCGCACGUCUUCUCGUCGUGAGAUGGAAAUUAUUACGGAGAGGUUCUACUCGAACCUUUUAAGUUCAUCAACUCCUGUGUCAAGCUCGAUCAUCCCCACUGGCGAAGCUCCACCGCGGAUUCUCCCUUCGCAAGUACGAGUCACUAUCAAGGGCAUGAAACCUGGCACAGCCCCCGGACCUGAUUUUAUAUCAGCAGACUUUCUUCGGGCUGGUGGCCAUCCGCUUCAUCUGGCUAAUCUUCCCGUUCUCGACGCCGAAGAAGAAUAUGAAUAUAACGAAUAUUAUGAGCAUUACGAGGAUAUUGACCUUAAUCACCCUUACAUGGUUAUAAGAAAUAUCAAAAAGUGCAAAGCAAUGGACAAAGAAUUACGGAAACUUAUCGAAAAAUUCCAUUUCAAUCUUCGUCAAACGGCAGCUAACGGCUCUCGAUAUCGCGAUGUUCCACUCAACAUAACUUUAAUGAAUGGAUUGUUCAAAAAUGGAAAUACUAUAAUGCACUGCACGGUUACAAGCGAUAAAGCCGCUGGCUGA